UCGAAGGUGAGGAGGGGAGAAAAGGAGAGAAAAAGUCGGGAUUUUUCUCUCUCUCUCUCGCUCUCUGUUUUUCGAUCUUGAUUUUUUUUUUUUUUUCGAAUCGAAGAGUGGAACCCUUGUUGUUGGAUUCUAGAGGUUUCGGCAUCUUCGGCGGGGUCUCCGAUGGCGGAAGGGAGGAGGGGCGGAAGGCGGCUGCGGAGUGACGGCGGAGCGACGGUGUUGGCGGGGCGAUGAAGUGCAGGAAUCACCCCUACGAGCUGGGCGUCGGCGUCUGCGCCUCCUGCCUCCGGGAGCGCCUCCUUGCCCUCAUCGCCGCCCAGAACGAGCUCCCGGCUGAGAACCACUGCCAGCAGCCGGACCUCCCUUCCCAGCCACCGCUGCCGCUGGUUUUCCCCCGAUCUGGCUCCCCCUACGUCUCUCACCGCCGAUCCGUCGGAUCCGACGCUUGCCCGGCUUACGGCCGCCACUUCAACCACCGGUUCUUCAGUACUCCCCAGGUAGGCCCCACCUUCGACGCCGCCUGCGGCGGCUACUCGGGCGAUGCGGACGAGGGCCGGCGCCGGAUCUCCGGGCGUUUCUCCGUCUUCUCGAUCCUGUUCCGCCACCAGAGAUCGGAGGAAGCGGAGAGCGAUCUGGGGAACUCGAGGAGUUCCGGAUCGGGCUCCUGGUUCUCGGCGCUGAUCCCCCGCCGCCGGAAGAAGAAACCGCGGAGCUUCUCGGUACCGGAGGCGGCGACGGGAAGGUCCCGGCCGUCGUGCCGGGCGUCCGAUCGCGGAAUGUCGCCGGAGAUAGACGACGACGAGGCGGACGGAUGCUCUAGUGGGUACUCGACGGAAUCUUCGAGCGGGUGGCGGCGGCCGACUCCGACGCCGAUGCGGCGGUUCCCGGCCAGCUCCUACCACUACCACGGCGGUCGCUCCGGCGUCUCGAGCUUCGCGGUCUGCCUGAGCCCGCUUAUAAGGGUGGGCCACAACGGCCGUCGGGGGACGCCUGCGGAGUCAGGGAUGAUCUCCGGCGAGCUCCGGAGCACGGGGAGCCGCCCCCGCUGCCGCCCCUGGUCGGCACGCGGCGCCUCUCUCGGACCGAGCCGGUCGAGGAAGCUGGCGGACCUCGGCCGGUUCGAUUGACAGUGCCGUGGGCCUUAAUUGAGAAGGGUGAGUUGGUGCGAACGUUAAAAGGUGUAGUGGGCGCGUGGCACUCUGACACGUAACCACAUGGAGGUGGGACCCGCGCAUUUUCUGCUCACUGAAUCCACUGAGGGCGCCUCGCUUCCGGGACUGAUGCGUCUCCAUUCGACUUCAUGGAGGCUUACGUGAGAUGUGGCGGAAGAUGGUUUUUUAUGAUCAUAGAGUGCCUUUGCUUGAUGAUGCAUCCUUAGAACGUAGCAGAUGUCAAUGCAGGCUUGUAUUACCUAUGUACCGGUCCAUUUUGAUAAAAAAGAAGAAAAAAAAUCUCAUUAUCUAGGACGGAGCUAAGGGUGGCAUCAGCUGGUAUCAUGUAUACAGGAUGGAUCUUGAGGGUAGACUUUAUUGCUGUCAAAAAUGACUCAGCCAUAGUUGUUGGAUGGAUCCAGAAUCAAGCAGGGACAGCAAUCGUCCACCUGCUUUUGUAUGACAUCUUGAGGAGCUUGAGGGACUACGUGUCUCUGCUGGCUAGAUACACAUCUAUAGAGAAGCUAAUGGAGCGACGAACUUGAUUAACUCUUAUGUCGCACAGUCUUAGUGAGGUUUUGUGGAUCAAUAUAUCAUCCAUCCUGCUAUUGUUCUAUGAUAUUUGAUUUUCUGAUUUUGCUGGAUGUAAUUAUACUAGAUAUGUAUAAUCGUCCGUCUCAUAAGAAAAAAUUAUAACUUCAAUGCA